AUGGAAUCUCGGCAAAUUGCUUCAUUCCCGAUUAAAUUUGACACCCUUAUACGACAGUGGCGUAAUCGGAAUGGUGAAAUUUCUGCACCAGCUGGUAAACAUAAAGCUGUAACAAAAUUGAUAAUUGAUAAAGAAUGUCCGGGAAGUUAUUUGGGUAAAUAUGGUUCCAUCGAAUAUUUAACAGCUGUUAAGUUAUGUAUUUUUGGUCGUAUUGGGCAUUCGGAAUUAGUGCAAAUACAUCCAGUACGAGUGAUAUCGAUAAUGGAUAUUACUCCUUACCUGUCACUUCAUAUACCUGUUCAUAUUGAACGAUAUUUUCAUAAGAAAUUUUUCUGUCUCAAUAAAUCAUCUACUAAAGUUUUUAUUAAAUUACCAAAAACAGCAUUUUUUCAAGGUGAGACGAUUGUUAUACACGGUGAAAUAAGUAAUGAACAUCCAAAAAAUCAUAUCAAAGAUAGUAUUGUUGGACUUGUUAUGGUUGUACGAUUUCGUUGUAAAAACAACGAGAGAUUCACGACCACAACAUUGUCACAUUUUACACUUCCAAUGAUUCGGCAGUGUUCCAUUAUCGAAUUCCAACACUGUUUGCAAAUUCCUAAUAAUGCAUUUCCAACUUAUUCUCAUCCAGAUGCACUUAUCAAUUCAUCUUAUCACGUGUCAUUGAUGCUCAAUGAAUAUACACCAAUUAAAAUCCCAGUAAUUGUUGGUACUGGAAUUUCGACCCAAUUGAUUGAUGCUCAAAUUUAUCAGUCUUCGCUGCCCUCUAUUCCUGGUCAUUUUAAAAUUAGACCAUUUCAAUCAAUGCUACAGCAGCAAACAUUUUCGCCUCUUUCCAGUUCACCACAACUAUUGUCAUUGUCACAACUGCAUUUAUCACCGUUUCCAACUCUGCCACUUUCACAACCAAUCUCUUCUCCUUAUUUAGAUCCAAAUUUCGAUAAACAUCUUAACAAAUCACAUUUCAUUCCAUUAUGCACUUCAUUUCCAUUUUGCCAUUCCAGCCUGAAUUACCAUUCACAAACAACCUUCUUCCCAGGAGAACUUCAAGUAACCCGUACUCGUUACAAAGGACAGUCUGUGUUAAGAAUAGAAGAGAUUGAAUGA